CCUUGUACUAAAACAUUAACAACCUCUAAACAUAUCACAUCUUAUUAUUGCCGGUCCAACGUCAUCCAAGGAUAGGUAUACUAUUGCGAACAGUAUCAAUUCGCGAGAGAAGCCGGUUCAAUACAGCCAAAUAAAAUCGCAUAUCAACCCCCACCAUGGCUUCAACAACGGCACCUCUGCCGCCUUCCGAACUCGCGAAGCAAAUCCUCGAGCACAAGGCGCCCAGCUACACCUUCAGCUUUUCGCCAUUCCUACGUUCUACCUACGGCCACGGAUUCCCGCCGAAUAGACCCGUAUGCAAAGCAUUCAUAGCAGGGCACUGUCCGUUAGGUACAUCAUGUCCCGACCGUCACGUCGCGCCCAACGCGGCCAGCAGCACCAACGCCAGCUACAACUCCCUAGUAUGCAAGCAUUGGCUGCGAGCUCUGUGCAAGAAGGGCGAGAGUUGCGAGUUCCUUCACGAAUACAACCUACGUAAGAUGCCCGAGUGUAACUUCUUUGUGCGCAACGGCUACUGCUCUAAUGGCGACGAGUGCCUAUACCUGCACAUCGACCCUCAAUCUAAACUACCUCCCUGCCCACACUACGACCGGGGCUUCUGUCCUCUGGGCCCCAACUGUUCCAAGAAGCAUGUCCGCCGCAAGUUAUGUCCCUACUACCUAGCCGGCUUCUGCCCCGACGGUAAGGCCUGUAAGGAGGGUGCUCACCCGAGGUGGGAUAAGAAUCUCGAGAAACCCAUCGCUAAGGCGGACGUCAUACCCGAGGAGCCUAUUAGAAGAGACGAUGGAUUUAUGGAUGAGGACCAAAGAGAUUUCGGAAGGCAAGAUAGGGAUAACAGGGGCGGCCGGGGCGACAGAUUCGGUGGCGGGCGUGGCGGUCGGUGGAGAGGAAGAGGUGAUAGGAAAUUUGGGCGUGGAAGAGGCCAUCACUAGAGAUGAUGCGUCUUGGCAUACAUAUUUACAGGCAGGCAGACGGAACGGAACGGGUAUUAUACCGUAACACGUCUCGAUUACCACCUAGGCUCGAACUGGUGGGGUUUGCUGCCACCAAUUUCCGCCCAUAUGCAAACAUUCAGCUUGCCUUGGUUGACUCGUUUUGACAACAAGGCUCGGAACCUUCGAGGCACUCGAUGCAAUCAAGCUAGUUACCAUAGGCGGAUGCUUACAAACCAAAGCUUCUGAGCAUGGAAUAGUCCUAAAUUGGAAUUUUCAGGACUAUCGUCUACGGGGAUAGCAGUGACCAGCCACUGUAAAGAAGACCCAAGGAAAAGACGAUAGGAGGACAUAGGAUACCCCAAGAUAUACUACUAGUAUAGCAAUCAAGCGGUCGUUACCCACGACGUCAAUCAAACAAGAUUGCCGGGUUUGUUCUAAA